AUGAAGUUCCAAGAAUCGCUAUACAGCCUUGGAUAUCCAGCCUACGGCGCUAGGUUUCUCAAUGAAUCGGUAUUAUUGGUUGCUGGUGGGGGCGGGGAAGGAAAUAAUGGGAUUCCUAAUAAGCUGACAGCUUUACAAGUGAAUUUCGAAAAACGGAAAGUUAUCAAGCGGUACCGGGAACUGACUCUUGAUGAAAACGACGACUCUCCAACAACACUCGAUGCUGCGAAUAAUGUCAUUCUGAUGGGCUGCAACGAGUCAUCUGCCAAAAUCAAAGCCGGUGCGGAUAAUCAUCAUUUGCGUAAGUACGUCUUCGAGAACGACCAUUUGAAGUUUGUUGCAAGCGUUGAUAUGGACCGCUCCGGUACUUGUGAUGACUACACUAAGCUCACCUACAUGUCACAGGAUGGAACCGUGGCUGCUAUAGCCUCGUCGAAACUCCCCACUGUGAUUAGGAUUCUCAACCCUAACCUCUUGGCUGAGACUUACGAGAUUGAGACCGGAAACGACGUCAAAGAUUUGCAUUUCAGCCCCGAUGGUAAAGUACUCAGCUACAUAACAUCUUCUACCCUUGAAGUCAUUUCUAUCGUUACUGGACGCUUUAUUGUUCGGAAAACCGACUUUGAUAAAAACUGGGCCCUUUCCAAGAUCCGCUUCAUAGCUGAAGAUACCGUUUUAAUCGCAGCGGCAUUAAAAAAAGGUAAUGGUAUUGUUCUAUGCAAAGUGAGCCUGAAAUCGGGAAGUACUUCUGUGCUAAAGACAAAAACCAUCACCACAAAGUUUAAGGGUGUUACGUCUAUGGAUGUUGAUCCUGCGGGACAGCUUGCGGCAUUAGCGGGCAACGAUAACUCGAUUGUUAUAGUUCGGUUGAAAAACUUCACUAUCGCCAAGUUCUUUAAACAGGUACACUCUUUUGCCGUUACAAGGGUUGUAUUUUCCCCCAAUGGCAAAAUCCUUGCCAGUGUCUCUGCUGCAAAUACUAUUCAUGUCAUCAGUAUUCCGGACAAACUGGCCACAGCAACGUCUGUUAUUGAAAAGAUUAUCAAGCUCUUCAUUAACUUUGUCCUCAUUGUCUUUAUUGCAGCUAUUGCGCAAGUCACCUACAAGUAUGAUUUGCAUUCCAAAACCUAUCAUUUUGCCCUGAAUAAGUGGAACAGCAGAAAAGAUAGUUUCAGGUUGAAUGAUGUGUUCAGGCAAACUACAUUGGUGGGUGAUGUGAUUAGUAUAGAGACCCAUACUAGGCUUGCGCCAACUGAGGAUUACUCUGUCACUACGUCUUUUUCCUCUAGCGAGCUUCCCAGAACUCUGUCAUCAGUGACAGCAUCUGAAAAUAGUUUUUCGGCAGAAGACUUCACCUCUACACAUUCGUUGGCUACACCUACAUCAUCCUACCUGGUUGACGAAAGCUUUGUUUUAAACAAUGAUGCUACUAUUCAGACCACGAAGACAACUGAGGUAGUAUCGGAAUCAGGCCCCCAAGUCACGAAGUUGCAAGACACCUUAAAUUCAGGUACCAGCAAAUUGCCUAAAAUGGAUAAUGACGCUGAAUCAACUACAACAGGUACACCAAUCGAUAAAGUAGAUUCUGCUGCGAUUGGAUCUUUUACUAGUGGUUCGGUGAAUGACUGGCUUGAAAACGAAUCACAUCUAAGUAACGUUCCUUUAGAUGCAGAUUCCUUACAGUCAUCCACCAAGAGCGCGAAUACGUCAACUAGUAAUAUUCAUGAUUCGUCAUUGACCACUAUCGCCCACGACCAUUCAACUGAUACUUCAGCUCAUACUGGUUAUACAGAUGCUGAAGAAACUGAAGUAAAAGCGGCUUCCAAUAGUCAAUUUAAGAGCUCAACAACCACGACUACAACAGUGAGAGAAGCAACAACAGAGAUGACAGAGCAACAUGUCACUUCAUUAGAGACAGAAUCUAAUGCUUCCAAGGUAGCGUCCGACACACCAGUAGAAGCAAGAGAGAAAAAGCAUGCUGAACCAAAUUCUAUGAAGGCAGGCCGUUUGACAUCUAAGAAUACAGACACGAGCAAUAUUAAAACUGCGACGCCUGUCAACAGCACAAACAUCCUGGGGACGAUGCGAGAGUCUGCAAUUAACAAGACGGCUUCACAAACUAUAAUGAGUGAAUUGCAUACCUCAAAUGUUCCAGAAGAUGACACUUUAGGAUCUGCUAAAGUAUACAUUAGCACUCCAAAUGCAAAAAAUUCCAGGCAUUCUGAUGAGAUAGCAUCUAGCUUGCGUCACACCUCUUCAUGGGAAGACUUAUCUAGUUCUCCAGCUUCCGAGCAGCAUGCUUCAAAUGCUAUUCCGGAUGAUUUUGAGAACAAGUUUACACCAGAUGUUUCAAGCCAAAAUGAAAAGGUUGACAAGCUCGAAGAAACAAUUCCAAAUCCGGCAUCCAAAGUUCAAAAAGAGCCUGCAACUGUCGAGGAGGUAAAACCUGUUCCAGAAUCUACGGCGGACACUCAAGUGAAGUCCGAGACUUUUUUGACUGAAGAUGUUAAUUUGGCGUCGACGGGUGCGUCGAGAGAAGAGGGAGAAGACCACAGCGAUGAAGCGCUAACUCAUGAUGAGCUUUAG